UAGUGAUCCUUACAUUCAUGCAUAUCUUCUACAAUCGUUUAUGUACCUUUCGGAUUCGGUCUUUUCCUUUCAUUGUAGCCUGAGUCGUGGUGUACAUUGUCUUUACCUAUUCCUCUAUCGUACAGCAUUCAGGUCUCUCGAAGGGGACACAUACAUAAUCUAAUAUUUCACCUUUCCCUAUUCUUGUCGCUAAUACGGUAUACUAUCUCUACCCUACUCCAGUCUCCCAGGUUAGACUUGAGGCGCACAUCAUUAUCUUCGAAGCAUACACCUGCCUCAAUGCAACGCUGAGACACUUGCCCUCACGAGAGGCACCCUGAACAACCACCAUGAAUCCAAGCGGUCAGGGAGAGUUGCCCGCAGGCGCAGCAGCCAUUGAAGAAAACAUCGAGGAAAAGCAAAGAUCUGAUUUGGGAAUUGUCACAGACCAAGAGAAGAGCACAGAAGUGCCACAAGAGAAUCAGCCAACGACCCCAACGUCUUCCCUUCCGAAGUCACCUCCUUCGCCAGGCUCACCAGCGUCUCCAGCCUCCAAUGCGGAAACGCCACCAGACCUCAGAAAGUAUGACUCAAAGAUCGUUCAGGUUCGAGAUGUGCCCGAAGGCGAUGAAGCCCUAGCGCACUUACCUGACCAUGAACGGGAGGUGUUGAGGAGACAAGUGAUGACGCCAGAUGUCAAAGUGACCUACACGAGUCUGUACCGGUACGCCACGACUUGGGACAAAGUAUUCAUCGUUAUUGCCGCGCUGGGUGCUAUUGGUGGUGGAGCUGUCAUGCCGUUGAUGACUGUGAUCUUCGGCAAUCUGAGUGGUUCCUUCCAGGGGCUUGUACUCGGCAACCUCCAGGAAGACUUUAACAGUAUCUUGGUCCGAUAUGUGCUUUACUUUAUCUAUCUAGCGAUAGGGGAGUUCUGUCUCAUCUAUGUCUCCACGGUUCUAUUCAUUUACACUGGGGAGCACAUCACGUCCAAGGUGCGAGAGCAAUAUCUGAAGGCGAUUCUACGCCAAAACAUCGGAUUUUUCGAUAAACUUGGUGCAGGUGAAGUGACGACUCGCAUUACAGCAGACACCAACCUGGUCCAAGAGGCUAUCAGCGAGAAGGUCGGCUUGACUUUGACCGGCAUUGCCGCCUUUUUUGCUGCGUUCGUCAUCGGAUUCGUCAAAUUCUGGAAACUCACACUGAUUUGCAUGUCCUCCGUCGUCACCAUCAUCGUCCUCAUGGGUGUCGGUGGACGCUUCAUGGCCGGAUGGAACAAGAAAUCACUGGCCUCCUACGCAGUUGGAGGUUCAGUGGCGGAAGAAGUGCUGGCUUCGAUUCGCAAUGCGGCUGCAUUUUCUACUCAGGACAAACUUGCUAAGAAAUACGACGUCCACUUGCAAGAAGCGAGAAAAUGGGGUGUCCGCAGCAAAGGAGCUCUGGCUUGUAUGAUUGGAUCGCUCCUCUGCAUCAUCUUCUUGAACUAUGGCCUUGCGUUCUGGAUGGGCUCCCGAUUCCUUGUUGAUGGCGAGACCACUCUCGCUCAUAUCCUCACCAUUAUCCUGGCCGUUAUGAUUGGGGCAUUCUCGUUCGGUAAUAUAGUGCCGAAUGUCCAGCAUCUGGCUGCAGGUGUCGCUGCCGCUGCUAAGAUAUACGCUACCAUCGACAGACAUUCCCCAAUCGAUCCCCUGUCUGAUGACGGCGCGAAGUUGGACCACGUGGAGGGAACUGUGGAGCUACGAAACAUCAAACACAUCUACCCUUCUAGAGCGGAGGUUGUUGUUAUGGACGGCGUGGACCUCGUUAUUCCUGCCGGCAAAGUUACAGCGUUGGUCGGGGCGUCCGGCUCAGGCAAGUCAACAAUUGUAGGCUUGGUCGAACGCUUUUACGACCCGGUGGGCGGCAAGGUCUUCCUGGACGGUCACGACAUUAGUACGCUCAAUCUACAUUGGCUUCGUCAGCAAAUCGCACUUGUUCAGCAAGAACCGAUCCUUUUCAGCCAAACGAUCAGAGACAAUAUCAGGAAUGGUCUCAUCGGAUCCAAAUAUGAGGACGAGUCGGAAGAGCAACAAACACGACGUAUCAUUGAUGCCGCUAGGAAAGCCAAUGCCCACGACUUCAUUUCGUCGCUUCCAGAUGGUUAUGAAACUCACGUUGGUGAGCGGGGAUUUUUGCUAUCAGGAGGUCAGAAACAGCGUGUUGCCAUCGCCAGGGCUAUCGUCAGUGACCCUAAAAUCCUACUGCUAGACGAAGCUACGUCAGCGUUAGACACCAAAUCCGAAGGCGUCGUACAACAUGCUCUGGAAGAGGCGGCAAAAGGUCGGACCACCAUUGUUAUCGCGCAUCGACUCUCGACCAUCAAGACCGCAGACAAUAUCGUAGUCAUGCAAACGGGACGUAUCGUCGAGCAAGGCACCCACGACGAGUUACUUGAAUUGCACAAGGCGUACUACAACCUAGUAUCAGCUCAGCGCAUAGGUGGUGACGACGAGGAUCAGUCUGAGAACGAAAAGGGUACGGACAUCAGUGAUGAUGAUCUGGUUCGCAUUAAGUCCUCAAAGUCUGGCAGCAGAGCACUGGCGGACCCCGAAGAUGAGAAACUGGCUUUGGGAAGAACGAGGAGCCAGAAAUCGGUCUCCUCAAAGGUCCUUGCCGACAAGUCGUCAACAGGCGAUCCCAAAUACUCCCUCUGGACCAUCAUCAAGUUCAUUGCAAGAUUUAAUUCGUCCGAGUGGCUGAUCAUGUCCGUUGGAUUUGUGUUCACGGCCAUUGCUGGUGCAGCGCAACCCGUUCAGGGCAUCUUCUUUGCAAAAUCAAUCAUUGCCUUGUCUCAACCGCUGAUUCUGCGACACCAGAUUCGGCAUGAUGUCGAUUUUUGGGCCUUGAUGUACUUGAUGCUAGCGUUUGUCGAUCUCAUUGCCAUGGUCAUACAAGGCAUUGCCUUCGCAUAUUGCAGCGAAAGCCUGGUACAGCGCGCAAGGGAUGGUGCUUUCAGAAGGUUCUUGAGGCAGGACAUCUCCUUCUUUGAUGAGGACAAAAACUCGACUGGCGCGCUGACGUCCUUCCUGUCUACCGAGACGACGCAUAUCUCUUCAAUAUCUGGAGCCACGUUGGGCACCCUUAUCAGCUGUUCCACGACCCUUGUUGUCGCUAUAGUGAUCUCCCUUGCCAUUGGAUGGAAGUUGGCGCUUGUCUGCAUGUGCGCCUUGCCUGUCAUUCUUGGGACUGGCUUUUUCAGAUUCUGGAUUCUCGCCAAAUUCAGCGCAACUGCUCAAAAGGCCUACGAAAAAUCUGCAGGUUAUGCCUGCGAGCACACCAACGCCAUUCGCACGGUGGCGUCUCUCACCACAGAACGAGAGAUCUACAACGAGUACAGAAGCCAGCUUCGGACCCAGCUUCGCGCGUCUCUAAAGUCAAAUCUGCGCAACUCGUCUCUCUACGCAGCUUCGCAAUCGGCCAUGUUCCUUGCGUUCGCACUCGGUUUCUGGUAUGGAGGGAGACUGUUGGCCAGCGGCGAAUAUACUUUGUUCCAAUUCUUUAUCGUCUUUUCCGAAAUCAUAUUUGGCGCGCAGUCAGCAGGAACAGUUUUCUCGUUUGCUGGAGACAUGUCAAAAGCCAAGAAUGCGGCAGCUGCGCUGAAGAAAUUGUACGAUAUUCAGCCAACUAUUGAUCCAUGGUCCGAAGAUGGCGAAAAAUUGGCCCAUGUCGAGGGCAACAUUGAGUUCAGAGAUGUCCAUUUCCGAUAUCCCACACGACCAGAUGUACCAGUCCUGCGAGGCCUCAACUUGACCGUUAAGCCUGGGCAAUACAUUGCCCUUGUUGGACCUUCCGGCUGUGGAAAAUCGACCACGAUCGCUAUGAUGGAGCGCUUUUACGAUCCACUUGCCGGCGGUAUCUAUGUUGAUGGCAAAGAGAUCUCCGCUCUCAAUCUUAACGAUUACAGAUCUCACCUGGCUCUCGUGUCACAAGAACCUACAUUGUACCAAGGCACUAUCAAAGACAACAUCCUUCUGGGUGCUGAUAGGGGCGAAGUUGGUGACGAACAGGUUAUCCAGGCUUGCAAAGAUGCCAACAUCUAUGAUUUCAUCUUGUCUUUGCCUGAUGGAUUUGCCACGGAUGUUGGCAGCAAAGCCGCUCUACUCUCUGGCGGUCAGAAGCAACGUAUCGCCAUUGCCCGUGCACUUCUUCGCGACCCUAAGAUUCUCCUCCUUGAUGAAGCGACAUCAGCGCUGGACUCGGAGUCUGAGAAAGUGGUACAAGCCGCUCUAGAUGCUGCCGCCAAAGGAAGAACGACAAUUGCUGUCGCCCACAGACUCAGCACCAUCCAGAAAGCUGACAUUAUCUACGUGUUCGACAAGGGUGUCAUUGCAGAACAAGGCACUCACCAACAGCUCAUGGCGCUUAAAGGUCGGUACCGAGAGUUGGUCAGUCUUCAAAGCUUGGAGAAGCAGCGUUGACGGCAUGAUCCGCAUGCAUGAGUGGUACACUUGAUCAUCGUUUUGAUGCAUGUUGAGCAAAGCAAGGGACACUCCAGUCUGUCUCCAUGCAGGGCUACCCUAGACUCCCCUUUGGAGGUGGGAGCACGCCUUGGACAUGUGCGGCAUUCAGGCUCGGAGGUACACCGCAUACACGAGUAGCUUUUGAAAAACCUCUGCGACCACGGAUGCUGUGUGAAUCAGGCGCGAACUCUGCCAAGGGGUGGGAGCCUCCGUUUGUCACGCUAGACAUCAUGUAUGGACAGCACUGUCCUGGAUCAAAUAAUUUCAGCCUGUUGGGUAUACGAAUGUCGUUUCGAUAGACCAUGAAAUGCUCAACACUGAAGGGGAACUAGAGCAUAAAGGAACGAUAUCGACAGAGAUAAGACGCCAUUAUGGAGGGAUUAGUCGGGAACAGUUGUACAGUGGAACAGUCACAACUGUCUAUUCAAUCAUGUUGUCACUCUGCUCCAUAAUAAUCAUACAGUGCCAACCAUCGGAUUGACAUAUUCAUGAUCCUGACUUGGUGAUCCUUGUUCCAGCGCGCCGGCUCAUG